UUUGCCCCAUCCCCACUUCACCCCAUCGCCACUCCCGCCCCAUUUCCAUUAUCGCCCUAUCCCCACUUCGCCCCAUUUCCCCUUUUCCAAUUCGCCCCAUCCUCACAUCGCCCCAUCCAUGCGUGAGUGUGUUAAGCUGCUUCACGUACGAACAAGUUUCGUGCGAGAAUUUCCCGCAUGCAAAUUACGCUUAUUUAGACGUCAUCGCGAAGCGCUUGCUUAACGCACACCACUCGCCUUUGGCUAAGUCCGGCCCGAACUCGGUUCUGUUUUAUGAACUGAAUCUGCUUGCCCUGAAGAAGGUACUCAGUUACCGAAAGCUCGGCAAUCACUUAUUUCAGAGCACUGAUUUGAUAUUAUAUUCUUGUCGUUAUUCUGAUCACGGCGCUACGCAGCCUUCCAUAUUUCUCUGUUUUAUGAAUGAGCUGAUUAUGCAUCGGGUUCUACACAUGCGCAGUAUUGAUAUGAUUAAAAGGUAAGAUGGCUGCUUUCAGGUGCCGAAGAAGCGUCAUUAUCGGUGAAGUUGCCGGUGAGUUAUGGCAGUUCAAAUUUUUUUGCGUGCUACUUUUUUCGUCUUCGAAGUUCUGGGCGUCUGUAGGUAUCCCUUUUCUGGCUCUGCAAAAUUACGUUGAAAAUCAAGUGACUUCUUUCUUAAUAGCAUGGUAAUAGUUUAUUUGUCACUCUUUCAAAUUGAUAUAAAAUAAAAGGGUGGUCGGAUUAAAAGCAUGAAGGUUACAGGCAAUAUUCAUAGUCCUUUUGACAAUUUGACUGCCAGGAUUUGGUAAUUACUCUUAAGUAGAAAUAGAAGAAGUGCUGUUGUGAUGAAACACGUUCAUGCUGCACAUGCAUUUUGUACUUAAAAGAGUCCCCAAGCUCAAGUUCAGAGAUCGAUUCUUCCUUGAUAAAUUGACUUCCAAGAUUUCAUUUUUUCACUCAUGUGUUGUCUAUUCCUGCCUCCAUGGCUAUUGUGCAUAUGUGCUGGGGCGAUUCCAACCCCAUAAUAAAACAUUUCUGCCAUUUGCCCUCGUUGAGUAGGCGUGCUUGUACACUUUAUUUCCUUUUCUCGGAAAGAUUUGUCCACCAAUGCUAUUUCGUAGUGAUCCCUUUUAAUGAGAGCCGUUAGUGAGAAAGUUUCCUCUUUGUGCAAGGUAGAUACAAAAUUGAUCCCUUCCUCUUAUCCCUCACUAUGUGUAGAAAGGUGUAACAAAGUUGCAAAACUCUUUACAAGGUGAAAGACUUAACAGUGCACGUAUGAUUUCAAUGUUUUUCCCAUGUAGACGGCCCAAAAUAGUAGACGGCACCAGUAAUGACCCUUGAUUGACCCAGAGACAAGGAUUGCUAAUUGUCUCCCAUUUUGUGCAACUCCAUGUGUGAGGAAGACCCCUAGCCCUGUAAUGAACCUGCAGGAAUAUGAAAUGGAUAUGAUGGACGUUUUUAAUUCCAAAUGUGUGAUAUGCUUGCUUUAUUGUUGUCAGUGAAGUCCUAGAUAAGGUCACAUACUUGUGCAGUCCCCGCGGGAUGAAUAAACUGGUUGCCAACGGCGGGAACCAGCGCAGCAUUGCUUCACACGUAUUUCCACGGACAAAAUCUCAACAUGAAAGCUCUCCUGUCCGUGAUUUGCCUCGGAUUUUUAGUGGGCAGUUCACAUGGCACGUGCCCGCCGACGGGGACCGGGCAGUACUUCCAACUGGGCCCUUGGUGUUACAUCGCUCAGGGAAUAUCCGCUGAUGAACGGGCUAAUUUCACUGAAGCCAACGAGGCUUGUAAGGCCUUGGACCCUCGCGGUAAAACAGGCACCUUGGCUGUCAUUAGUCAAGUGGAAGUGCAGUCUCUGCUCACCGCCAUCUUGGGCUUCGUGUUUGACACCAACUCGUGGAUCGGUCUGUCCCAGGGUAUCUUCCACGAAGAUGAGCCUGGUUUCCAAUGGGUGGAUAAAAGCGAGUUCAGAUACCAAAACUGGGCACCUUUCCAGCCAGAUGGUUUCGGCCUCAUCCCUGGAUUUGGAAGUGACUGUGUGGAACUGUUCAAUGACCGCGACCACCCUGGCCGCUGGUAUGAUGUCCCGUGCUCCAAGAAAAAUGCCUACAUUUGUCAGGUUAAAGCACUCGAUUUGGAAAUACACAACAGAUCAUCCGAGUGCCUGGCAAACUAUACCGACUAUUUCUCCUCAUGCUUCCGCCUGUACACGAGCCCUGAGACAUUCGAUGAGGCAGAGAAGGUGUGUCUGACUGACUCCCCAGUGGACAGUUUCCUAGCAACCGCUGACAGUGGCUUCGACAAUGCCUUCAUGGAGUACAUGUUGUACCAGCAAAUCGAGAACGGGUCCAUCUUCACAAACAAUGCGUGGAUCGGCUUACGGAGAGAGCCGGUGACAAACCAGCUGAAAUGGUUGGACGGUUAUUCGGUAACAUUUACCAAGUGGAGCAAGUAUGACCCCAACGAUAACAAGGGUCGAUUGAAUUGCACGGUUAUGGAAGCCUCGGAGGAGGGAAGUGCUUGGUUUAACAGGGACUGUGGACGGGAAUACCCAUUUUUCUGCAAGAGCCGAAUCGGAGGCCACCACCCCCCAACCGCUGCACCAAUUAUUAAUGGAACAUGUCCCGACGGCUGGGAGUCCCAUGGCACCGACUGCUACCUGUUCAAGCCCUCAUCCACUCCGCUCAACCGCAACCGAGCGCAGUACGACUGCUUCCUCAACUUCGGAUCUCGGCUUGUCAGCAUCCACACUGCUCAACAGAACGAGUUCAUCCGCAAGAGGGCGGCAGACGCGGGAUAUGCGACCGUGUGGAUCGGAUUGGAGAGGGACUACGAGGUGCGCAACAGUUUUAGAUGGGAAGACGACUCAACUGUAGAUUAUGAUAACUGGGCGCCAGAGGAACCAGGCGUGCAUGACGAACAGAAAUGUGUGAGGAUGGGGACUAGAACAGACGGGCUGUGGAAGACUGUCAACUGUGGUCUGAUCUCUAGUCAUGUCUGCACGAUGCCACAAUAUCAAGAGGACGACCCCCCUAAAUCCACGGUGUGCUCUGGGACACCAGGCUGGGCAUCGUUCGGCGACUAUUGUUACUUGGUGUCCGACCCCAACACACACCAAGCCACUUGGAACGAGGCCCAGCAGCAGUGCAACAGGCAGGGAGGGUAUCUGGCGUCCAUCACCAGCCAACCGGAGCAAGACUUCAUCAAUAGCAUGCGUCUACAAAUGUCUCCACGAUUCUGGAUUGGUUUAAUGGAGACCUCUGACAACACUUACGAGUGGUCUGAUGACGUAACGUCUGAUUUCCGUUUCUGGGACGAGGGGCAGCCUAAUGAUUUUGCUGGUGAAGAGAAGUGCGUCGAGAUGAAUAUGAUGCUGGGUGGGAAAUGGAAUAACCUGAAUUGCGGGGUGAAAGAAAACUAUAUUUGCAAGAAAUUUCAGAACACUACCUCGACCAUUGCCACGCCCACGGAAACGCCCAUCUCCGGUGGAUGCCCCGAUGGUUGGGUGCAGGCCAAGGCGAAGUGCCUCAAGGUAUUCUCAGGAGCUAAGAACAUGAAGACGAGAAUGGACGCCGCGGCCGAAUGCAGGAAGUACAAUGAUGGGUCCUUGGCCGUCAUUCUGAACGUUGGGGAACAGGCGAUGCUGACGACUUUAAUGGAACCGUCUAACCAAACGCUCUGGAUCGGCCUUAGCAACAUCGGUGCGACCGACCAGUUCCAUUGGAGCGACGGCUCGCCCCUGGACUACACCAACUGGUUUCGGGACGAAACACCUAUAAACUUGGAAACCAUCUGUGUGGUCAUGCGUAAUGACACCUUGGACCCAGGACGAUGGCAAGACAUACCUUGUGAAACCAAAUCCAAUUUCGCUUGCACGACAGAUGCAUCACCAGAUUUCAAAGUUCAACCAGCUUACCUUCACAGCUGUGACCAACCGGGAUACGUCAGCUUCCACGGCGGCUGUUUCCGGUACCACACCACAUCUAUGUCAUUUGAUGAUGCCGUGGCAUUCUGCCGGUCAGACGGCAACACCAUUGCAACCAUCAGGGAUGACUACGAUGGCGCACUGACCAGGCUGAUGCUUUACUUGAACGACUCCAACCAUGCCUGGAUUGGACUGAGAAAGGACGAGGAAACUCACGCCUUCCGUUGGCUUGAUUCCUGGCCGUUCCUGUACACAAACUGGCUAGCCGGUAAGCCCAGCGGGACCAACGCAGUCGGUCAUGGGUGUGUAGCCGUGGAUACCAAGGGAUUCUGGUCCGACACAGCAUGCUCUGAGAAGCAGGCCACCAUAUGCAAAAACACCGCUUUACCGCCAUCCACUGCACCGCCGUACGUGACAGGUUACUGCCUUGAUGACUGGAUUGCAUGGGGGAGCCAUUGUUACCUCUUGGUCUCCAAGUCGGAGGAGACAGAGUCAGGGACUUGGGGCCAUGCCAGCUCAGUCUGCGACUACCAAUAUGCUUGCUACCUGUCUACCGUGCACAGCGAGGCUGAGAACACAUUUCUUACGGAGCAAGCUAAGGCCGUAGGCGGAGGGACCUUUUGGCUUGGAAUGAGCCGAGAUUUUAAAGGAAACCUGCAGUGGGAACCAAUAUUGUUCGAGACACGAGAGCCAGUCGAUUAUGUCAACUGGGAGACUGCGGACUCUACCACCGGCCCAGACAACUGCGUUGGACUCAAGGCCGGUAAAUGGGGAAUGGUCAACUGCACGUCUUCUGCUGGUUACGUGUGCAAGAGGGACCAGAUUGCACUUCCGACAUCGAAACCAACGUCAGACGGUACACUUUCCCCCGGUGCCUUAGCCGGCCUGAUAGUUGGAAUCAUCUUAGGAGCGUCGCUGUUGGUCAUUGGACUGGCUGUCAUUUGGACCAAAUUCAGGCGAUCCAACACGAACACGACUAGCUUUGGCGUCAGAGACACGUCCCCGAUUGUGAGUGAUGCUCAGUGCGUAAGUGGGUAGCAGUUGGCCAUCCACCUUAUUCUUUGGCUGUUGUGUUGCCUUGAGGUUAUUUAAUUGAGGACCAAAAGCGUUCUUUAACACAAAAUAGGUGUUGGCCAUUUACAACAUUCAUGUACUGUAAUUCACAGUUUGAUUUCUCCGCAUGACCAAAUUAUGAUAAAUACAGAUGUUGAAUUUCCCCGAAUGCCGACAAGUUUUAACCGGGAUAAUUUUGGUUACUUGCAUAUAGCAGUGAAUAUAAGUGUAUUUUUGUGUGAUUUACCAUUUUGUUCACCUAGCUACGUUUCAUUUGUAUCGUAUCAGUUAUGAGUUUAUAUGUUAAUGCCGUCAAAGUUAGCACGAAUCGUUACAGAUGCAUAUACUUGUGCAUAGUCGCUACAUUCUUUGUGCUUGUGUAUGAGGAGGAUCUCUCAAAAACAAGGAAAUCUGGCAACACCGAUCAGUAAAGUACGAACUACUUGUUAAUCCAUAGAGGAAGGACACAGGAGUUUGAACUGCCCGGGCUGUAACAUCUGGCCAAUUACUG